UAUUUAAUAACAUGAACAUGAUUUUGGGAUUAUAUAUCGCAAUAAGUAUCUUGGAGCAUGAAAAAUAAUGGAGUACAUGUGUGUACAUGUAAAUGUUCUAUGAAAGAGCCGAUUAUGCGAAUCAGUAGAUCUGUGCUUUGGGUCGCCAAAUCGCGUGAACACAAAAUAUCAAAGACACUGCGAAGAUGAAGACAAUUUGCGCAGCCUGAAAUGGCGAACACAUGCGCUAUAAUUCGGACAGAAACGUAGAGGAAGAUCAGGAGUUCACAAAGCCCCACAUGUGCGUGGAGAGCUGCCCACUAUAUUAAUUUUUUACACAUGGUCAUUGCAUUUGAUGUCACUAAACAUCAGCCUAUUAAGAGCGCAAGCUGCAAAUAUAUCAACCAUUGCGUUAUAUAUAUCUGCGGAGAUAAAGGAUGUCAGCGGCGACCAUGAAAUGAAUGAACACUGUUGCCAAGGAGAGACUGACAGAUAGUUGGCGAUUGUCCUCAAGUCAACAGAUAUCGGGGCAGGACUAUUGAUAUGGGAUGGUCUGAAAGAUGCGACAUUAUCCACAGUGAUAUUUCGAUAAAUACCUGUGGGACUAAAACGGAAACAAAGGGAACAAAGUUAUAUUUGAGAUUACUCCGUCUUGCUGAAAAUACAUCUCAGAGAUGUCAAGUAAUGCUGUUUCAAAUUAUGGUUACCGUUUGUCUGCGUAUGGCUUCUUGCCAUGGGAAUGUUUCCUUUUCUACCGUCCUUUCCUAGCCUUUUUUUAUCUGAAACAAAUAUAAAUGCGUCACAACGAGUGUUAAGGCGAGUGGUGCGGCAGAAUACGCCAUAAAAAAGUAAACAUGUGCAUAUAUAUCUACUACCAGAACUAAUCAAUAACUUUAUUAAGAUUCAGACAAUGAAAUUCCCGUUCCUUCUAAACCUCUUAUUGACAACGCCCUCUAUAUCAUCCAUUGUUGAUUUGUUGAAUUUUAGAAGAAGAAGAAGAACAUUUGCGUGCAAAAGAAAGGCGGCGGAUCAUCUGUUUUUGACUUGCUGAAUAUUCAAGAAAGAAAAGCAAAACAAAGCAGAAUAAUGGAAUUAAAUAUUUCUGAAUAUGUAGGCGUAUCAUAAACGAAUAAAACAAGUUAGCAAAUUAAACGUUAAAAGUUGAACACAUGAACGAAAGCAGCGAUGCCGCCUAUGAAGCCAAAAUUGAUUAUUUACAAAAAUGGUUUGAGGAUAAUAAAAAGUUACCAAAAAGAGUUGAUCGUCUUCUGUUGAAGCGAUUCUACCAGUGUAUGCACGAAAAUGUGGAAGACGCACAAAAGCGCAUUGAAAUCAAUUAUUUAAUGCGCAACACUUAUCCCCAUAUAUUUUUGAUCCGUGAUCCUAACGAUGCGAGCAGUCACCAAACGUUUGAAUAUGCCGAUAUGAUACCUUUGCCGGGCCUAACAAAGGAAAAAUAUAAAAUUACAUUUUUCCGGCUAAAUGAUCCCGAUCCAAAAAAAAUGAACUUCACUGACGACACCAAAGCCUAUAUUAUGGUAACUGAUUGCCGCUUUUCAAUGCCCGACUUAGCAAGCGACGAUUGCCUAUCCGAAGGUGAAUUGCAAAUAUUCGACAUGACAGGUUUUAACGUAAAGCACGUGGGAAGGUUGUCAAUGGCCUCGUUACAUAUUUAUAUGAAAUUUCUACACCAAGCCUUUCCGGCGCGCAUUAAACACAUACAUAUGAUCAAUUGUCCAUCAUAUUUGGACACGUUAAUAAGCGUUAUGCGUCCAUUUGUUAGUAACGAAGUAUUCAAAUUGAUUUAUUUUCAUACCACGCGCAUUGACACCUUAUAUGAACAUGUACCACGCGAGUUAUUACCCGAUGAGUACGGCGGUUUCGCUGGCAAAUUGAGUGAUUUGAAGGCACAAUUUACACAAGUAAUGUCCGAUAAGAGGGAUUAUCUUAUCGACCCCGAUUAUUGGAAAGUUGAGACUUCUUAGUUUUCUUAUCGCAUGUAGCACAUAUAGUUGCUUUCUCCUUUCUCGAUGUUAUUAAUUCAAUUUUAAUUGCAACUACUGCCCAGUGUACCUACGAAAUACGUUUCAAUUAUAACUUUGUUCACAAAAAAAUUUGUGUCUUCAGUAUUGCAGAUUGAAAACUUACGACAACUGUAACUAUUGUUUUUCAA